CGCGCUCACUCUACUAUUAUCGUGUGGCGCAAUCACACGUACUUAGUGUUAAUACCUAGCUAGUUGAUAAAAUAAGGAUAACAACUGCGCUUCAAGCGUCCGCUUAAAAACGAUAAUUGAAGAUUGAAAAACCAUGAAAGCAAGCUUUGAAGGUCCUAUCAAUGAAAUACCAAAUAUAUGUGUUGACAACUUUGAAGAAAAGAACAAAAUGGCUUAUUUCUUGUCACAUUGUCAUUCAGAUCAUACUGUUGGAAUGAUGUACAAGGUUGAAAGUGAGGAAUUAAGAAAAAAAGGUGGUAAAAUAUACAUGAGUAAAGAAAGUGAAAUCAUUUUAUUAAAUAAUCACUGGUCUUGCUAUAACACUCGAUUGAAUGAAAUCUUUGAACCGCUGAAAGUUGGAAUGACAUAUACUAUAGACAUCGCUGAUGGGCAGUCUUUUGAAGUAACCUUAAUACCUGUAACACACAUGAUCGGCGCUGUAAUGUUUUUAUUUAAAACUAAGAAACACAGGGUGCUGUUCACUGGUGAUUUUAUUAUAGAGGAAAACGAUGUGCCAAAUUUGGAGAAAUUACACGAUAAACAAAGAAAAUUAAAUAUUGAUACCAUGUACGUUGAUGGUACUUUUGACCAAAGUGAUUAUGAACACUUUCCGAGGCGCAGUGACUGUCACGCUGAAGUGGUUAGCGAAAUUGAAAGAUGGCUCAUCAAUAAUAAUAGAGUCGUAUUACACCAAACGUAUGCUUUUGGUUACGAUGAAAUUUACAAAGCGAUUAAAAAAAGGCUGAAUUUGAACCUUUAUUUGGAUGACGAACAAAAGCUAAGAACAUACAGUGCUUUACUUGGAAAUGAAAAUUUUGUGAAUGAUGAUUCGAGCAGUAAGAUCCAUAUAUGUAUAUGCGAGAGGAACAAUGAAGGGGGUGGUUGGACAGGUGUCUCUAAUUAUACUUUAAACGAGAAGACCCUACACAUUUACAUUUCUGCUCAGCGUGGUUGCAAUUAUUCGCACGGCGACCCAGCGAUUAGCCCAGAAACAGAUUCAGGGGAUCGCUUGUAUUUAUGCUACCCUACACAUUGCAGUCGGAGCCAGCUGAAACAUUUUAUAAAUUAUUUUUCGCCCGCAAAAACUGUUAAAUUCCCGAAAAUACCGAUGUCAACACCCGGCUCUUGGGCGAGUACGCCUUAUAGAAGAAACCGCGACCGCGAACGCAGUAGCACGGAUGCUAACGCAGACGGUGUUAAGAGGCGUCUCUUUUAAUGAAUAGGUACCUACUGUAAGUUUUCAAAUCAGGGCCGAUUCGACCAAAAAUUUUAUACGAGUAUAACUCCUGGUAUAACUGGCACAUUGACAGUUUCAGUAUGGGAAAUAUGUCAAAACUGACGAUUUAUUCUGAGAUUAAAAUUUACUCUUGUUU